AUGUACUACAUUCUGUACCUCUCCAGCCUUUGCCGUCGCCGCCGCUGGACUGAUCCGCUGUACAAAUGCAUCUCGUACGACAACUGCGGGUACGCCUGCACGGUGUCGGUCAACCACCGCGAGUACGUGACCGAGAACACGUACGAGACCGAGGACCUGGCGAAGGAGGCCGCCGCCAUGAAGGCAUAUCUCAUCUGCCGCAACCUUAGCGUUUCCGAGGGACAGGGCGCCGUGCCCACGCAUAUUGUAGGCCAGGGCGUCGGUGUUUGGGCGGGGCGAAGUACCUGA